AUGGAUGUUCCCUUGACAACAUAUGGAGCAUAUGAUCCGUCUUACUGUGAUCGGCUGAGGCAGGACAUGUACUUUCUCACGAGAAAUGGCAGACUGAGCGAGCAUCUGGUUGAUAAAAUCAUUCUUCAGCUAAACAGAGUUUAUCCCCAAAUUCUCACCAAUAAAGAAGCAGAAAAGUUCAGAAAUCCAAAGGCAUUGCUUCAUAUUCGGUUGUCAGAUCUUAUAAGCCACCUACAAAAGAAAGGAGACAAACACUGUCAAGAAUUUUACAGGGCCUUGCAGAUCAAUGCUGAACAACUGUAUAAUGAUUUGCCAAGCAGGAAAAUCUUGAAAACCUCAGCUUCCACAGGGAUAGACACAGACAAGGAGAAAUAUAUUCUAACUGACAGGGGUCCCAUGUUCUUCCUUGCUUGCUUUAGUGUUGCUGCAGGAUUAGCAUUGUUCAUGUACUGCUGGAACCCAGAUCCAAAAGUUAUAGGAGGAGCCAAGAAAAUAUUGGGAUUUUCUCCUAUUAUCAUAGGAAGACAUGUUAGAAAUAUUUGUAUGGUAUACAUGGAAGAUACAUCAAGGAAAAAUUAA